AAACAGUCUUCUCUCUUCUCUUUCUCUCCACUUAUAAAAUCCUCAUCAGUAAACUCAAUCUCUCACCUCACACUCUUCACACUUGUUUCUUUAUUCUAUCACUUCCCACCAUCCUCUCUGUGUAAUUCCAAAAACCCAUUACUUUAAUUCCAGCUGAAACAAAAAUGGUGGCGAAGAAAUCACGGGUUGUGAUCAUUGGAGCGGGAAUGGCCGGCGUCACGGCGGCGAACAAGCUGUACACUGCUGCUGGGUCCAAGGACUUGUUCGAGCUCGUGGUUGUGGAAGGCGGGGAGAGAAUUGGCGGCAGAAUCAACACGUCGGAGUUCGGCGGUGACCGGAUUGAGAUGGGAGCUACCUGGAUCCACGGCAUUGAAGGUAGCCCGGUUCAUAAAAUUGCUCAGGAAAUCAAUGCGCUCGAGUCGGAGCAGCCGUGGGAGUGCAUGGACGGGUCCUCCGACGAGCCCACCACCGUCGCCGAAGGUGGGUUGGUGCUGGAACCGGAUGUGGUGGACCGCAUUUCGUCUCUCUUCAAGAACUUGAUGGAUUAUGCUCAGGGGAAGAAGGUGUUUGAUGAAAGUCCUGAAAUAGUGUGCAAUGGCGAAUUUGAAUAUGGUAAGCUUGGAGAAGAAGCUUCCAGGAUUUGUGCAAGCAAUGGCGGUGUUGGGAAGCUCAGUGUCGGCUCUUUCUUAAGGCGAGGUCUUGAUGCGUAUUGGGUUUUGACGAAAAACCGAGAUGAGCAGGUCAAUGGCAAUGGAAAUUGGAGCAGAAAGUUGCUGCAAGAAGCCAUCUUUGCAAUGCAUGAGAACACCCAAAGGACGUAUACAUCAGCUGGUGACUUGUUAACUCUUGAUUACAAUGCUGAAAGUGAGUACCGGAUGUUUCCCGGCGAAGAAAUUACCAUUGCUAAAGGGUACUUGAGCAUUGUUCAAUCUCUAGCCUCUGUUCUCCCACCUGGGUUGAUUCAAUUAGGCAAAAAGGUCACAGAAAUUCAAUGGCAGCCGGAAAAUCACACGCACAGCGGCUAUGAAUCUGACACAAGGCCCGUGAAGCUCCAUUUUUCUGAUGGGUCAGUUUUAUUAGCCAAUCAUGUCAUUAUCACAGUUUCUUUGGGGGUGCUCAAAGCUUCGAUUCGCCAAGAUUCUGGUAUGUUCAAUCCACCUCUGCCUCGUUUCAAAACCGAGGCGAUUUCGAGGCUUGGAUUUGGCGUUGUUAACAAGCUGUUUCUGCAACUGGGUUCCAAUCAUCCUCCUCUGAAGUCCCAUGAUUUCAGCAAGUUUCCAUUUUUACAAAUGGUUUUCCACAGAGCAGACUCGGAGCUCAGGAAUAAAAAGAUCCCAUGGUGGAUGAGGAAGACGGCUUCUCUCUGCCCUCUCUACCACAAUUCCAACGUUCUGCUUUCUUGGUUUGCAGGGAAAGAAGCACUUGCGCUAGAAGCACUUUCAGGUGAAGAGAUUAUCAAUGGGGUUUCACAAACGGUCUCCAGCUUCCUAUCACACACAUCACACUCCCAUGAAUCGUGCAAUGGGAACGGGAAUCCAGAGGGGAAUUCAGUACAAUUUUCCAAGGUUUUGAAGAGUCAAUGGGCUAGUGAUCCUCUGUUUCUGGGAUCAUACUCAUAUGUAGCAGUUGGAUCAAGCGGUGAGGAUUUGGACAGCAUGGCAGAGCCAUUGCCAUCUGAUGAUUCUGGCAGUGCCACUAGUUCUUCACCUCCUCCACUUCAAAUUUUAUUUGCAGGGGAGGCUACACACAGAACCCAUUACUCUACAACCCAUGGAGCUUACUUGAGUGGCCUCAGGGAAGCCAAUAGGCUUCUCCAACAUUACCAACAUGUUGGGGUUUAGAACAAUUAUUAGUAGGAUUUCUAUCUAUUUUUGGAACAUUUAUUUCUAUGAAAUAUUAAUUAUUUUUCAAUUUUCAUGUUGAACAUCUUCGCUUCUCUUUCUUUAAAGUAUGGCAUCAAAUCAAUUGGACAAGUCACUUUCAAUUUUCCA